AUGCGGAGGUUCGGACAUGGAGUCAAUGGCCUCCCAGCGACGAUCUAUGACGACACGCUGAUCGUGUGGUGGCAGCGCGGUGAUCUGCGGAGGUGGAAUCACUGUUUCAUCACCGGAACCAAGUACAUCAGCUUGGAGAGGCUGACCGAGCAGAAGCAGGUGGCUUUCGUGCAGUAUUUCAUGGUUGAUGAUGAAGAAGUACGGCAACUACGGACUCAGGUGGAUGACACUCCACACAUCGGUGGCCCACACGAACCGCAGGCCCCCGAGCUGGUUGAGGUCAAAGACAAAGACCUCGUGCGAAAAAGGAAGGUGAGGGCAAUCGUUGAUGCCCAACCAGCACCUGAUGAGCCUGGAGAGGAAGAGCAAGCAGCGAGUCAAAACGCUGCAGAAGCCGAAGAGCCUGAUGAGCCGGGCAGUGAGCCAGAACGAGGAACAGGCUUUGUCUCGGCAGUCCCGGCGGUGGCAGAUUUCAUGGAAAUGCCGGAGGUGACGAAUGGUGGUGAACUUCAAGAACCCGCAGAGCUGGAGCUAAUAUAUGGAGUUCUGGUCUACACCACCGGCAGCAUCCGGAAGCUCAUGAGUCAGAUGCGCAGGCAGGACACAGCCCUGGUUUUGAUGUCCAACGACAAGCCCUUUGCAGCCAUCGAGCGCGAGCACAAUGUACUGACACGUGAAGAAGCACUGGUCAACGCUGAGAAGUGCCGCGAGUCCAUGGUGCAGGAACUGCAGCGCUGGAUCAAGCACAAGUCAUGGUGCAGAACGGCCAAACAUGGUCAGAAGAACAUCCUGCGCAGCAAGUGGGUUUUGAAGUGGAAGGCUGUGGAGAACGCCGACAAGAAGAUCAAGGCCAGGUUGGUGGCACAAGGCUUCUUGGACACCCAGCUCACAAGCAACUACGCUGGAACUUCCACGAAGUGGUCACAGCGGAUCUUGAUCACGGUGGCGGUCAACAGAGGCUGGACUCUUCACAGUGCGGAUGUCAGUGAAGCAUUCCUGAGAGGGCUGACGUUUGAGGAGCUGGCCGAAGCUGGUGAAGACCGCAGAGAAGUUGCUUUGGAGCUGCCUCCAGGCGGCGAGACAUUGCGUGCCCUCGCUGAAAUUGGGGUCACGCCGACCACGAUCGACCCGCAGCCCUUCGUGCGGCAUGAGCGGGGAUGUUUGGUGCUCGUUCUGACGGUUCACGUCGACGACUUGAAGCUUUGCGGAGAGGACAAGAUCGUUAAGAUCGUGAUCGCGAAGCUGGAAGAUCGCUUCGAAAGCAUGAAGGUCGAGAAGGGCAACUUCACCCACCUCGGACUCAAGCACGAGACGAGCGCGGAUGGCAUGGUGACGAUCAGCCAGGAGCACUACAUCCGCGAGUUGAGGCUGAUCCCGGAGGAGGAGUUGAAGUUGCAACCAAAAGAACAGUUGGUGGGACCGGACUACCACAAGUACUACAUGUCGCUUCUGGGCGGUGUUGCCUGGACCACGCAAACCAGGAUGGACAUCAUCGUCUACGUGAGCGCCCUGCAGCGGAAGCUGCAAUCUCCGGUGGUGGAGGACCUCUUGAAGUUGAACAGGCUGGUUCGCUACAUCAAGCAGAACCCCCUGAAGCUGGUCUACCACAAGAUCACUGGUCCCCUGAAGCUUAUGGCCAUCACCGAGUCGGCCUACCGCGGUGAGGACCAGGACCACUUGGCAGUGAGGAGCGGGCUGAUUGUGCUGAUUAGCGCAAAGGGCCCGGUUGUCGGGAACAAUCCGAUACAGAUCUUGGAGUACAUCUCCAAGAAGCAAUCCCGCGUGUGCCGGAGUACGUUUACGGCGGAGCUCCCAGCGCGCUGGACAUGGUGA